ACACCAUCGGGAAUGGAAACACCAUCAGGAAUGACCAGUGUCGUCUCCACAGUGGCUGGUGGUCUCGAAACUCCAGACUUUUUGGACCUCCGUAAAAAUGCUGGUGUUAGAACGUUGCCAGACACCAGCGAUUCAGGACCCAAGCAAUUGUAUCAAGUGGUUCCCGAGAGACAAACGGCCAUUCGUGGUCUUAUGGGCAGCGAGAGAGGUUAUGACGUUUCUGCAUUGAGUCACAACAGCGUGGGUGCAAAUGUGCCUGUGCUCGGCCAGGAACAGAGGGGUAGCAAGCGGAAGGGUGGUGUUGAAGUUUCUCUUGAUGCCUCCGAAUUGGAAGGCAUGUCAGAGGACCAGAUGCGACGAAAAUACGAUGAAGGCUCGCGCGCAUCAGCAGGGAAUGGAGUGCAUGUUCCAGGAGGUAGAGAAGACUUCUCGGAUAUGUAG